AUGUCUACCCCGUCGCUCUCCUCGACUCUCGAGUCGCAGAACACGGCGUUCGUCUCGCUCCCCUCGCCUCCUCCUACGGCCUACUCUUCCUCGACCACCCUGGUCUACUCUCCCGUCUCGCUCUCCGGAGCCUCGACCCCGACUCUCCUUUCCAAGUCGCCUCUGGCGCCCGCGCUCGCUCUCCCCGCCAAAACCGUGCCCAAGCACGUCGCCCAGCACCCCUUCCUCCAGUCGAUCAAGCAUGACGAGGUCAAGGGCGGAGACGUCGACGCGGAAACCCAGAUCUGGAGCGCUCAGCGCCUGAUCUCGGACAAGAACAAAAACGGUACCCAGCUGGUCUGGACCGUCGCAUAA